AUCAACACGUGCCUCUCUGCUACUGGAGUUUACCUGUGUGAAGGAGUUUACCUGUGUGAAGGAGUUUACCUGUGUGAAGGAGUUUACCUGUGUGAAGGAGUUUACCUGUGUAAAGGAGGUUUACCUGUGUGAAGGAGGUUUACCUGUGUGAAGGAAGUUUACCUGUGUGAAGGAGUUUACCUGUGUGAAGGAGUUUACCUGUGUGAAGGAGUUUACCUGUGUAAAGGAGUUUACCUGUGUGAAGGAGUUUACCUGUGUGAAGGAGGUUUAUCUGUGUGAAGGAGGUUUACCUGUGUGAAGGAGUUUACCUGUGUGAAGGAGGUUUACCUGUGUGAAGGAGUUUACCUGUCUGACUGGAACACCUGUUGGAAUUCUGACCAACUAAUUCUUUGGAGCUUCUCUCUCCUGCUGGGGUUCACGUACCUGAGAGUAGAGGCCUGCAUCCUCCAGCUGUGUGUGUGUAUGUGUGUGUGUAUGUGUGUGUGUGCCAGGAUGAUGGAAGAAGUGUCUAUCAGGGUGGCAUAUGACUCCCACAUCAUAGACCAGAUGGCAGAGGAGGAGAUACUGGCCUGCCUGAUGGCCGAGUCUAUACCCAAACACACGGUUCCCAGUAAGAAGGCCACGCUGAGAGAUAACCAGCCUCAACAACAGGAUGACCACAUAGACAGAUACCAGAGGGAGAACCGUCAGCUGCAGCAGGCCAGUCUGCGUCUGGAGCAGGAGAAUGAUGUUCUGGCCCACAGACUGAUCACCAGCAAGAUCUCCCUGAGGACCGACCUGGAUCAGGCGGAGGACAGAGUGGAUGAGCUGACCAAAGAGCUGCUGAAGACCAGAAAGAAAUUGAAGAAUGCAGAGGAAGAGAAGAGAGGGAAGGAGGAGGAGGCUGCUCAGUUGAAGGAGGUGUUAAGGACAAAGCUGGACAAGGCUGAUCCAGAGGUGAAGAGGAGCUCAGGCAUCAUCUCAGACUACAAACAGAUCUGUUCCCAGCUGACCAGGCGGGUGGAGAGGCAGCAGGCGGCCCACAGAGAGGACCUGGACAAACUCAGGAAUGCUGUGAUGGCGUGUUCUCGCUGCCGACAGGCUCUAGAUUCUCCUGUUAUGGAAGGCUCCGGUUCCACAGCCCCGUACCAGAGAAGUAUCAGCACCAGAGAACCAGGCCAGCAGAGAGACCAGGAAACAGAACCAGACCAGCAGAUGACUGGUACCAGGGAACAAGACCAGGAGAAGGUGCGUCUGAGUGGCCAGGUCACAGAGCUAGAGAAGGAGCUGGCCCAGACUAAACUACAGAUGGUGGAGGCCGAGUGCAAGAUCCAGGAGCUGGAACACCAGAAGGGGGUGCUGCAACGUGAUCUCCAGACAGCUAGGAACAGCUGGCUCACUAAGACUAUACGGUCAGCCGGAGGGGGUCUGCAGAGCAGCAGCCUACCCAGGGGGAGAGCCUCUGCAAUGGGGCGUUCUCUACAUGGCCUCCCCCUCUCAGCCUGGAGCUCCAGGAGACUGUCAUGGGCCCCCAGGAAGGACCAGGGGGGAGAUGUCUGACAUGGAAGAGAGGGGGAGAGACAGCAAGAAGACAUACUGAGAGUAUAGAUAAUAUGUAUUGGAAUGAUUAUACAUGUCUCUUGGUGAUUGUUUGUUUCUGCAUUCUAGUGCCUAUUUUGGUUUUAUUUGUUAUUGUCAAAAACAGAUUUGUAUACAGGAGUUUUAUGUAUGCUUUAUGUAUUGCUUUGGCUCUUAAACUCUUAAAACAAAACUCCAAACUGGUAACACUUGUAUGGCACCUGCCUGGCGCCCGAACAAAAUCUUUAUCUUUACCCCUCUAAUAAAUACCGCUACAACGUUA